UUGAAAAUUUUUCAAAUUUUGAAUAAGUUAAAUUAAAUGUUCUUUUAAUUUAAAUUUAUUUAAAUAUUAAAAAAUUUUUAAUAACUUUUAAAAUAACAAAAUAUUGUGCGUGUAAAAUAAUUGAAAAAUAAAAUGACUAUUCGAGCAAUUAAUUCAAUUUUUUUAAUGAUAAUAUUAAUAUUUUUUAUAAUAUUACAAUCAUCGUAUAUAGUUUAUUCAUUUCCAAGUGGUUUCUCUUCUGAUCCAUAUCGGUCACAAUUACCACAAUUAUGGUUAACAAUUAGCGCUCAAACACGUACUAUUGAAAUAUCAUGGAUAAAUGCUAGAUUAGCUAUGGGUGAUAAAAUUUUUAUAACAAAUGCUGAACCAAAAGAAUUUCAAAAAGUUCGUAUUAGUGAUUAUCCAGAUUUAAGUAAUGGAUUUGAAUUUAAUAUAUCGUAUAAUUCAGAAAAUGACACAUCAACAUCAUUAAGUAAUAAUAAUAAUAAUAGUAAUAGUAAUGAUGAUAAUGAUGAUGGUAGUGGAUCUAAUAAUGAUAGCUCUUAUGGUAUAAUACCAAUAAUUUUUGAUAAUAAUAAAAAUAAUAAAAAUGAAAAAUGGGAAUGUAAUAAAGGUAAAAUUGAUAUAUUAGAAAUAAUAAAUCCAUUUGAACCAAGUCAAUGGAUACGUACCAGUUUAAAAUUUGAUUAUAAUAGUUCAGAAAAUAUAACAAAAUUUACAAAAUGUUAUGGUUAUUGGGCUAGUUAUGUUAAUAAAGAAGGUGAAAUUAUAUCAACUGGUUGUAUUAAAGCAUAUCCAAUGUGGAUGAAUGAAAUGAGAACAGCAAUUGGACAAUUUCGUAUACGUGAUUUAUUUAUACCUGGUAGUCAUGAUUCUGGUGCAUAUCGUAAAAAUUUUAAACCAUCUAAACGUGAAACAAUUGUUACUAAAUAUGCUUUAACACAAGAUGAUGAUAUUAGAGGACAAUUAAUGCAUGGUAUUAGAUAUUUAGAUAUACGUGUUGGUUAUUAUAAAAAUACACCAGAACAAUUUUUUGUUAAUCAUGGAAUUACAAAACAAAGACCUCUUAAUGAAGUCUUAAGUCAAAUAAGAGAAUUUAUUUUAGAAACAAAUGAAAUUAUUAUUGUUGAUGUACAAGAAUUUCCUGUCGGAUUUGGCAAGGAUCUUACUAUUCAUCGUAAAUUAGUUCAAUAUAUGUAUGCGUUUUUAAAAGAUUUACUAAUUAGUCCUCAAAUAUCAUGGCAAGCAACAUUAUCUGAAAUAUGGGGAAGAAAGCAAAAUAUUUUCUUAUCAUAUGAUCAUUUAGGAGUUGUAUCAGAAUUCUCGAAUAUUUUAUUUCCAGCUUGUGAACAACGAUGGGGAAAUGUUAAAAAAUGGUCUGAUUUAGAAAAUUAUUUAAGACGAGUCAAUACUUUCGAUAUGUGGAGACUUUCAAGUAGACCAGUUUCUGAUAUGGCUGAACUUACACCAGAAGCUUGGGGUGUUAUAACUGAUAAAUAUGGUGGUUUAAGAAAAAUGGCAGAUCAAGUUAAUUGGAGAGUAUCAAGAUUAUAUCGUGAAGAUUUAGGUCAAACAGCAAAUAUUGUAAGCGUAGAUUUUUAUCGAGGGACGACAAUUGUUGAUUUAGCAAUAUAUUUUAAUUAUAAAAAAGUUAUUUUAUAAUAUUGUUAGCUAAAAAUUAUAUUAGAAUUUUUUUGUUAAACUUGUAAAUAUAAAUAAUAAAUUGUGUAUCGUUCU